AACGCGACUGUUGAUUUCAAUUUGAAGAGGAAAUUUAGAAAUAUUACUUGUAUUUUACGGUUUUUAUUAAAACAAUUUUAUCUGAUAGACAAGUAAGUGCAGCGCUUUGCUUGUGGGAUAGCUAGACGAAAGAACAAACCGUUGACUCAUGAAAUGAUAACGGAGUGAAAUCAAUCCGACGAUGGAUGAUAAUCAUGUUUCUGGUCGAAAAGCUGGCGAGCACAAUCAGGAUGGCUUAUUGGAUAAGAAAUCCAGACGGGAACAUGCAGGUGAAAAAGUUGACAGUGGAGGGUCAGCAGCGGCCGGAGGUGGCCGAAGCGGAAAGCGAUAUCAAAAUUCUCGCACCAUAACGAAACGGAAAGAUAACCAGAAACAAUACGGAGAUACUCUCAGUAUGGGAUUCAAUUCGCAGGAGCUGAACAAACAAUUGCAAGCUAAUCUUCCGGAAGACAUGAGGAUUUCAAAGCUUCUUCGAAGACUCUGUCAGGAAACGGACGUUAAAACCUGUCUGGAUCUUUGCUCUAAACUUGGAAUUGUCGUAUUAGAACCCUGCAACAUCUCGUACGUUCGGAAGUCGUUCGACAUUCUGGCAGAUGGAAUCAUGUCCGUAUUGGAAAAUGGACCUCGAGAUUGCGUCGAAGCUGUUGCGGAUGUGUUCGGUAUGAUGGGGUACGUGGCACGGCACGAUUUCAACGUGUAUCGUUCCUGGAUAGUCAAAUAUUACAAAUAUUCGAAGAAGCUAAAGCGAGCCAUGUUGAGAGCUCUGAAAAAGACCGUAGCACUUGAUGCUGGCGGAGAGUUGAAAGAUUCGGCCGGAAAAUUGAUGGAUUUGUUGAAGGAUUAUUUGGAAGCAGCGGAUACGGUUGAAUCUUUCGUUGCCAUUACCGAUAUUGUCGGAGAAUUGAGCAACAGGUAUCCUAAUCAUUUCAAACCGCAUUUCAAUGACGUUGUAGACAUUGUGGUCGGCUGGCACCUGGAAACAGAUCAAUCAGCAGAAGUGAAAAAGCAUUGUACGAAGGUUCUACUGACUUUCAAACAUUUCUGGUACGAGGAUUUAAAAUUCACGCUUAAUUUGUUAAGUCAGUUCAUCGAGGACAUUGGAGUGUGCUGUGAAGAUUUGGAAGCAUCGGAGGGUGAAGAUAAGCAGGCACAUUUAUUAUCAUUGGCCGUUGCAUUCAGCUCGUUGCUGGAUGCGUUUAACACCGUAAUCAAAUGUUUGUUUGCAACGCCCGAGUCGCUAAUGCAAUCGGUUGGGAAGGACGUGAUGGACAGUAGCUUUCAGCUUAUUGUCAAAGGAAGCUUAGUCAUCACGAAGGACCGCUGCCUCGAAGAAGUGCUGUUGCCAAUCAACGAAUGUUUGAUAAUCCUGCUGAUGUUGGAACCAUGUGCUCUGGCAAUUGGAGUUGACAAUGUUCUCUCGGUGAUUCAAUCAGAAACCCAAAACAUUGAGCAGAUGAAUCAAUAUCAGACUUCUAGUCUUCUGUUGCUUCUGUUCCAGUAUGUAGAGUUCAAUGCUGGAAAUUUGUCUUCGGAAUUCCUGAACCUACUUUGGGAUCCCAAGUCAUCUUUCAUCAAGCUACGUUACCAUCAAUCGCGAGUGAUCCAGGAAGGAUUGCUCAAACUGUAUCAUCGAAUUCUGGCAAUUAAGAAUGUCGAAAUACUACAAGCGGCAUACAAGUUCAUUUUGGACGACUUGGAUAAAGCAAUGUCCUCUGUGAAGGAUAGGAAGGCAAUGAUAAGUUCUAUGGAUUAUGUGCGGGCUCAAUUUGACAUCAAUUUUAACCUGUUGACAUUAUCUACCUUGGCAACGUCUAAUAGUUCGAUCCUUGUAAUGUGGACGCUCCAACCGAGUAUUCUCGUGGUGUUACUGGACAAGUUGCGGCUGCUGGAUACCGAUCUCUGGAGUGACUAUCAAAACUUACACUACGCAAUCCUGCGGGUUGCCUAUCAGCACUGCGUCAAGAAUAACAACUUUGUUUCGUCUAGCACUCUGUUGAGAUCCAAAAACUAUUCCUUGGUGGAUUCAUUUAAUCGUCUCGUUCUAGAAACAGACUCGGCGUCCUCCUCUAGCCCUUCGGCCGAGCAUUUCCGAUUAAUCAUUGAAUUCCUUGAAAAGGCUCUACCGAACGAUAAUGCCAUACAUCACCUGGAACUACUUUUGGACUGGAGCCACGCAGUCGUUGCCCAAUCAUCACAAUAUUUUGAUGUUCUGUUGGAAAAUCGCAGCUUCACGGCUAUUCUGCAAAGCAUAUGUGACAUUAGCAUGCGUACGAAGAAAAGCCUUACGCUAAAAUGCGCUCAAUGUCUCGAUCUAGCAAGUUCUUACAAAAAGCUGGCAGCGCCAGUUUUUCAAAGCAUUGCGGAAGUAUGUUGCGUUCACAUGUGUUCGGUCGAUAACGAGGUCCGGAAAAUAUUUUCGUACAUUCUUGGGAAGCUUCCCUUGCGUUUUUCGUUGAAACAGGUGAGCCAGUUCAGUGGAAAUAACCUGAGACGUAGCCAGCGGAUUUACGACCUUCAAAGUUGGUAUGUGAGUACGGAAAAUACCGGUGGUAUGCGUUCGCAGUAUUUUCGAUCAUUCGUUGAGAAAAUUGGUUUCCAUCGGGAUGCUGAACCUAUUGACGAAUUCCUCAAGGAAAUGUUCACCAAGUCGUGGUUCGUCAGUAAGGAUAAAAAUCGUGCCUACGGUGAAAUGGCUCUGAAGGAUUUGCGCUGCUUGGUUCCCUGGGUUCAGUGGGAAGCUGCUCAUCUAUGUGUCAACAGCAAACUUCGAACUCCUAUCGGGAAACCACAGGAAACGUUUCUGAAGAUUGAAUCAAUAAUCAAAGAGGAUGCACGAGUUCUAGCACUAAAGGAACGUACAUCCGUGCGGGAUAUCAACGUUUCUAUGACAAAUCAACGACAUGCGAGGAUUUUACUUGGAUUCUUGGAGGCAUUGGAAAAGGCCAUCUAUAAUGCUGCUGAAGGAACUGCAUUUGCACUGCCAAAUCCGGAGAAGCCGGCUAGAACUUUUUUUCGCGUUAAUUCGUCAACCUGCGCCGAGUGGUUCACCCGCAUUCGUACGGCCGUUGAUUUGGUCGCAUUGCACUGUAUGGAACCGGAAAUGGUGAUUCGGUAUUCGGAAGCUGUACUGAAAGAAUUGGUCCAGGUCAACAAAGUGAACGAUCUUGUUUUUGAGCACACUUUAAUGUCGCUCGUGUGGGCUUUGUUGAGGAACUGGGAAAGCGAUGCCUUAUAUGGUGUGUACGUAUGGGCAAAAAAGGUCACUGGAAGGAAAUAUCCGUGGAUCAAAAUGGCAGCGGAGGAAGCAGUCGGCCAUCGUGAAACAGCUACUGAAGGAUUUUUGAAUAUCUUGGCAGAUCCCGAGUCUGCAAAUAUGGAUCGCCAUAUCCGGGAUUUUAUUGCUGACCAAAUAACUUUGACGUUGAUCUUCACCGAGCGACUUCCCGAGCUUUACGAGUUUUUGGUCUCAGAGGAGACCAGCGGAACUCCAAGGGCGACUAUUCCACUGCUGACGUUCACAUCGAAGCAGGUCAAAAACUGGAUAUUGUUUGAUCGCACCAAAGACAAAAAUGUGAUCGACAUGUCACACUGGGAGCUGGCCGAUUUGGGGACGGACGUGCCGAAUAACUUUUCGUGUCAUAAAAUUUUGGGCGACAUCGAAAAUACCAUCGCGUUGACUUUCUUAAAGCAAUUCUCUGCCACCAAGGACGAAACGUUGCGUGUCUGCAGCGAGGUGAUCCACACUGCCAUCCAGGAAUGUUUCCUCACGAAAUCGAGGGAGUAUCUAUUCCAGCUGACCGUCUCCAAUCAUAUAGCGCACAUUGCGAGAAUGAACGAAUACACGCCGGACGACUCAAAGUCCAUUCGAGUGGAAAAACAUUAUGGCUCGCUGACCAUGAUGCGGGUAUUGGCGUGGUCAGAGUUUUUCGAUUGCAAUAAGAAUUGCGAAGAUUUCAACAUGGAGAUGAGACUAGAUCUGGUGUCUAUUGCCAGGAAGGAGAAUAAUUUCAGACUGUGCCAACACGAGCUGGAUAUUUUCUACAAAAACUCAAAGUUGGCCUCAGAGUUGAAUUUGGAGCAACAGCUGAAUGUGGAUGUGGCACAGCAGCACCUGAUGGCUGUCGAGCAUGGUUGCGAAAUCUGGGAUGAGAGUUUAUCACGAGCUGUUUAUGAACAAUGUAAGUGGCUCUACUGUCAACCGAGUAGAAAACACGAAGCUAUUCAGUUCGCAUCCGUAGCGGCUAGUAAAAUCAAUAAGCGAUUGAGCUAUUCGGAGUCCAGUGCAUCGAGUAAUUUACGUGAAAGAGGAUCACGGUUCUUUCUAACCUUGGCAGAUUGGGUGCAAAAUGAAGACAUCAAGCUUAUUCAACAGGAUUCCAGUUCUCCGUUGAAUGGAUUGAUUGCUUCGCUACCGGAAGUUAAACCUUUACCGGAUAGUCGGAUGGUAUCGAUAUUUUCAUCGAUGGACAUUGUCGUGGGAAAGAUUCUUCAAGCAAGUACACAUACCUGCCCGGAACUGGCCAAAGCAUGGUGCCAGUUUGGAUCGUGGUGUUAUCGAUGGGGGAAAAAAAUGGUAGAGUUCAACACGGAUGCGAAUACAGCGCACAACAUCAAUUUAGAAGAAAUCAAUAAAAUUUUACCAUCCACCUUAUCAGAGGAUCUCCAAAAGCUGAUUCUGGUCAUUCUAAACCAACACGAGGUCAUUUCCGAGGAAGAAGAAUUUGGUUUGAAUGAGACUAGUUCUACAGAUCUUUUGGAAUCGCUGAAGGCCACCGUGCCUGAACUACACAACUGUCCUCCUGAGAAGCUUCAGUCUAUUGUUGAAAUUUGGCGUCAGACUCACAAAACCGUUUACGGAUAUUACGAGGCGGCAGCGUCGGCUUACUUCAGAUUCCUGGAACUUUCCUCGUCGGUUGAGAUGGAAAAUGAAAAUGGAAAUUCCUCCACUGUUACAGCAACGCUCCGUUUGCUACGGUUGAUUGUCAAACAUGCUCUCGGCUUGAAAGAGGUUCUGGAGCGCGGCCUUGCAACCACACCUACUAAGCCAUGGCGCGUAAUUACGCCGCAGUUGUUCUCUAGAUUGAACCACCAUGAACCAUACGUGAGAAAACGUGUAUCAGAGCUACUGUGUCGAGUGGCUAAAGACGCCCCGCAAUUGAUCAUAUUUCCUGCCGUGGUAGGUUCCGUUCAGGAGAAAAAGGUAGACAUUAGUGAAAUGAGCGAAGAUGAAUCAGUAGAGGCAUUGCCGAAAGAUUCCAACGACGAAACUUUGGGCCUCGUGUAUUGCUUCAAUGCCCUGCUGGAUAUUUUAUCGAAAGAAGCGCCUGAAACCGUUCAACAGGUAAAGGUGCUAGUUCACGAACUGAGGAGGAUUUCACUCCUGUGGGACGAAUUCUGGGUUAUAUCACUGCAACAAAUCUACUCGGAAUAUAACAAGAGUUUUAUCAAUUUCGAAAACGAGUUGCAUAAACUAAGAGAAAGUAGUCAACUGGAACAAAAACGGGAUCUUGUCAUAGAAAAGCACAAACUCCUGCAUCGACCUUUGGUAUUCGUGCUUGAACAGAUGUACGAAAUGACGUCUAGAGCUCCGGAAACUGCACAUGAGCGACACUUCCAGGACCGCUAUCUAAAAUACAUAAGCUUGAUGAUUGAAAAACUGAAAGAACCACUAGAGUUCAACAAACCUAACGAAGGCUGGACACGGUUUAAGGUUCUGUUUGGUCAAUUGCAGCAACGUGGCCAAAAACGGACUUCAUUCUCGUUGCGCCUUUCCGAGAUCAGCCCAGUCUUAGCCAAGCUGUCGAAUACAGCAAUUUCAAUGCCGGGCAUUGAAAGCACUCAAAUGCAGCAGAUUUUGAUCCGAUCCGUUGAUAACUUGGUGCAGAUCUUACCUACCAAGACCAAACCCAAGAAGCUAAUGUUCUAUGGAAACGAUGGUCGCCGGUACAGUUACUUGUUCAAAGGUCUCGAAGACCUCCACCUGGAUGAACGCAUUAUGCAAUUCCUCUCGAUAGCGAACCUGAUGAUGACAAAAUCCAUCGACUGCUACGGUAAUGUUACAUACUAUCGCGCAGAGCAUUACUCUGUUAUUCCUCUUGGGCCACGAUCCGGCUUAAUCAACUGGGUAGACAACACGGUACCAAUAUUUUCGCUGUACAAAAAGUGGCAACAGCGGGAAGCUCAGCAGAAGAAAGACAAACCAGUUAAUCGACCUUCGGAAUUGUACUAUCAAAAAUUAACUCCUCUACUCCAGCAACAUGGGUUGAAAACCAGCGACAAUCGAAAGGAUUGGCCAGUGCAAGCGCUAAAGCAAGUGCUCCGGGAAUUGCAAGAAGAAACUCCUCGCGAUUUGUUGGCAAAAGAGUUAUGGUGUCAAAGUACAACAGCUGCCACCUGGCGGCAAGUGAUUAGAAACUAUUCUUUAUCCGUGGCAGUGAUGAGUGUUAUUGGUUAUAUAAUUGGGCUUGGGGAUCGCCAUCUGGACAAUGUGUUGGUGAAGUUGGCCUCCGGAGAAAUAGUGCAUAUCGAUUAUAAUGUGUGCUUUGAGAAAGGAAAAACUCUACGGGUACCGGAAAAGGUACCCUUCCGGAUGACGCCGAAUCUGGAGGAAGCACUGGGCAUCACUGGAAUCGAGGGCACCUUCCGGCUAGCAUGCGAACACGUCCUAAAGUCACUGAAGAAGGGACGCGAAACCUUACUCACACUUCUGGAAGCAUUCGUCUACGAUCCCCUGGUAGACUGGGCAGUUAGUGAAGAUGGUGCCACGGGUGGCUUCGCUGUGUCUACCUAUGGCAACCGUGAAGGAUUCAACAGUGAACUUCGUCAGGCAAAAAAGCAGCUGGAACGUGAAGUGAACCGCGAUACGUUAGCUAUACGGUUUUCGGAAAUCAAACCAGGAUGGAUCCGCAACCGAGAUAAUAUCUAUCAGAAACUGCUACUGAUGGAGAGUUUCCUGCAAGAACUGCAGAUAAACCGCACAGCCCUGGCUGAAGCUGAAAAGCAUCGUGAUUCUUUGUCGCGCCAGAUACAGCUGAUCAGAGAAGCUGAAUCGUUGAAUUCGGCAAUCGGAAGCCAUCCCUUAAACACCUUGUCUCAGAGAUAUAGUGUUUAUAAGAAUAUCGUUGAAGAUCAUAAAUCGGCAAAAAAGGCAUUGCUGGGUAGGAUUUCCGAGAGUGAAAAAACUCUGGACGGUUAUCAAAGUUUCGUCAAUGAUGUAGAUAAUGGUAAACUUCAAGAGUAUCUAAGAAGCGUCAACGCAAACGCAGAGGAAUAUGGCAGUUCAGAAUUCGAGCAAGUGAAGGAAUUUCUGGAUCAGUCGAAUCUUCGCGAUACAUUCCUCCAAGCAAGUGCGUGCCGGCAUGAGUUGAACGAAUAUACCUUCCAAGCCACGGUGCUAGUAAAGCGUGCGCUCGAAAUUUUGAAUCAAUUCAGCGCGAUUAUCUGCUAUUAUCCGAAAGAUUUUGAACAUAGCCAUCGAGACUGCAAAUACGUCUACUGGUGCAGAAAAAUUAUCGACGAAGACUCUCCACAAGCUUGUCAAGAGGUGACACGCAACUAUGAGCAGUUCCUGACAAAGUUUAGGCAACACUCCUGCGGACAGCAGAUUCUGUCUUUCUCGUACCAACUUACUAACAUAAUCUCGGAUACUACAUUCAAGAUGUCCGACCUGGUUAGUUGUCACGCUCAGGAACUGAAUGAAAGUAUCAUACCGAUUGACCAACUGUACGAGAAUGCUUUGUCUACAAUUAAUACUAUAGCGCUGGGGAACACGAAUGGUCGCCAAACGUUGCUGUUUGCCGGAUUACAGUUGUGCAUGGAUUUGAAUCGAAACUAUUUAUUGAUGGAACAAACGGCAUCCACUGCUGGGGAUUCGCUUAUCGAUUUACAUCUGAAUGAUGACUGGUUCUUGCCUGAAUUCUAUUUGGCAAUAACGCAGCUGAACGCCUUGUAUCAAAUUCUGUUCGAAAAACAUUCACCGAAAGCCUCGAGUGACAGUUACACCAUAGGAUUGAGCUGCCUCUCCGCCUGUGUUGGAAUCUAUGACCACCUACACAGUAUGAAUGAAUGUAUCGCGCGGGAAUUUCUCUCCGAUACCAUGCGAGGUAUAAUUUCGGAAAAUGAAAGUGUCAUAGACAUGAUUUCUGCUGUGUCCAAUCUCCAGACGGAUAUAAUCCCACUUUCGGAACUACUGAAUGAGAUAAAUAUGCACCUACAGUGCGUGGUGAUGAAUGUUCCCUCGGCACAUACACAUGCGCUAGAUAUAGUUGAAGAAUUGAAACGGAAACUGGCCUCGCUUGGAGAUCGCUACCGCAACCAGGAGGUUCCAUCUGAGGGAGCAAAACUGUACCUUACACUUCAUCAAUUCUUUAACGACCUACUCACCAAACAGAAAGAUCUUAUGCAAAUCAUAAACGAGAGAUUUUUAGUGAUUCGAGAGGCUGAUUACAUCGAUCAAAUAAAGGAUUCCAAAGAUUUAGCGGUGCUCAUCUUCAAUCAAUCCACCUACAACGUAUUGGAGGCCAUCUUCGUGGUGAAACGUGUGCAGACUAUGGUCGAAUUUUUCACUUCCUGUCUGCAGAUGGCUUGUGCGUUCAAAGGAACCGGAUUGACGCCAGCUUUCAACGAUGAUGCUCUAGUUCGGCCUGUUCGUAAAUUCAUUGCCGAUUUCAUCUAUCACUGUAUGCUAGGCAUCGGUCCAUCUGCAGCUGGGAUGGCCAUCUAUGGUAUUCUCUUGCGGAUCAAUCCUCAAAUAAAACAAGAUAGUGAGAUGCAACUGCAAGUAACGGGUUCGGAUAGGUUAAUCCUAUCGCAUAUGUACAGUGAAAAUAUCGACUGUAUGAUGAAUGCAGCACAGAUCAGUGGAUUAGAACUGAACCAGGCCACCAACGCGUGCUUGCAUUUGAGUUUUACAUGGAGGAAAAUGAUGAGAGUAAAAUUACUUUCAGAACGUAUCCUGACGGAACAAAUUUCUAUGACCAGAACGCAAGUGCUAUUCGUCGCUCACAGUUGGCUACACGAAAUAUCGACUGCAAAUAGCUCAACGACUAUAUCACAAAGCGAUUUGACUAUCUAUGCCGAUCGUUCAUUGAUUCUUGUUCAGCUAGAAAACUUUGUUGAAUCAUUGGCAUCAUCCAAAGGGGCAAUUCAAAAGUUUCGAGACGAAAUCCUUGCCAACACCAAUGCAAUCCUCCAUCGCUUAAAAUGGGCAUCUGGAGCCAAUCCUGAACUUGUGCAUUUGUUGAAAUCAUUCGAGCACACUUCACUGCAAAAGAGAGACUUCCUGAAUGAGCAGCUGCUCUACUUGGAUAUUACAUUGAAACAUUGUACCUCAAUCUUCCACUACCAAAUUGUACGUAUGCAAAUGAACAGACAAUCGGAACAAGAUAAAGAAUUUGUCAGCAUGGUUGAGCAAUAUCGGAAGGCCUGCUUGAAACUGCACUCUUGUUCGCAAAUGGUAAACCAAACCGAGAUAGCACUUGUAGAACUGUUGGAUCCGGAGGGGCAAAUCGAUCACAUCUGGCUGAGUAACGUAAAAGCUUUGAUAGAUGAUAUGACGGAUCAAGUGCAAACUAAGAUUGCACAAACGGAAAAAGUAGUUCGAAAUGCCCAGGACAAAUUACACAUGAGUGCAAAUGAAUUGAAGGAGCUCAUUGGUGCUCAUCAUUCACUGGCGACGGAUAUAAGAAAUUUGCUGAAAAUGAAGCUGAAAAUGGAAACUACUCCAGCCUUACGGGAGUAUCUGCUGCGCUAUAAGUCAUUUCUGGAAACGGUUUCCGAGCUUUAUUCUAACGUUCUGAGCAAAGAUUUCACUGAUGGAAUGGUGCUGCAAGCCAAGGAACAGGUCCAUGACGCAAUGUCAAAUGUUCAUAAAAUAUUCGAUCAGCUUUUUGUGUUUGAGCAAAGCGGAAACUCUGAAGAUGAACUAGGCAUGAUGGUUGAAGAUGAAGGAACCGAAAAACUGAGUGCUGAAACGAUGGAAUCACCCAUGAAAAGGGACCACCAUAAAGCACACCGUACUCAAAAAGAGCAGAAACGUAAUGCAUACGCCGUAUCGGUAUGGCGUCGCAUCAGAAUGAAGCUGGAGGGAAGAGACCCGGACCCGAAUCGUCGUUGUACCGCUCAGGAACAGGUCGACUGGAUGAUACGGGAAGCGAUGGAUCCGGACAACUUGGCUGUACUUUACGAGGGGUGGACUCCUUGGGUGUGAAUUCAUGCAAUGGAAACAGAUAUACUUGGCCGGCUAAACUCUUCAUACAUCAAAAACCACAAAUGACACGUGGCGAAUGAUAUUUCGCGUUAACAUGCCAGUUUUGGUUUAAAAAAUCUUCAGUCAGUAGACUGCUUACCAUCGACGCGGGAGUCAUCUAUCUGGUAACGGCAGUAGUGGCACUGCCUUAGCAGUUUAGAGCUGCCUAAACAGUGGCACUAAUUUCCACAACACGUUGACCAGUCUGCACUGCAGCCUUACCUGAGAAUUUGUUCGCUGUAACAAGAAAAUCCCGUAGAAAAUAAAUGUCGGGUAGAAUAAACCCAUUGCAUUACA